AUGAGGAGGAACGUGGAAGAACAUGUGGAGGAACAUGAGGAGGAACAUGUGAAGGAACAUGAGGAGGAACAAGAGGAGGAACAUGAGGAGGAACAAAUGGAUGGUUAUGAGGAGGAACAUGAGGAGGAACAUGUGGAGGAACAUGAGGAGGAACAAAUGGAGGAACAUGAAGAGGAUCAUGAGGAGGAACAAAUGGAGGGUUAUGAGGAGGAACAUGUGGAGGAACAGGAGGAGGAAAAAAUGGAGGAUUAUUGGGAGGAACAUGUGGAGGAACAAAUGGAAGAUUGUGAGGAGGAACAUGUGGAUGAACAUGAGGAGGAACAUGUGGAGGAACAUGAGGAGGAACAAAUGGAGGAUUGUGAGGAGGAACAUGUGGAGGAACAUGAGGAGGAACAUGUGGAGGAACAUGAGGACGAACAUGAGGAGGAACAUGUGGAGGAACAUGUGGAGGAACAUGAGGAGGAUCAUGAAGAGGAAGGUGUGGAGGAACAUGAGGAGGAACAUAUGGAGGAACAUGAGGAGGAUUAUUGGGAGGAACAUGUGGAGGAACAUGAGGAGGAACAUGUGGAGGAACAUGAGGAGGAUCAUGAAGAGGAAGGUGUGGAGGAACAUGAGGAGGAACAUAUGGAGGAACAUGAGGAGGAUUAUUGGGAGGAACAUGUGGAGGAACAUGAGGAGGAACAUGUGGAGGAACAUAUGGAGGAACAUGAGGAGGAUUAUUGGGAGGAACAUGUGGAGGAACAUGUGGAGGAUUAUUGGGAGGAACAUGUGGAGGAACAUUUGGAGGAACAUGUGGAGGAAUAUGAGGAGGAACAUGAGGAGGAACAUGAGGAGGAACAUGUGGAGGAACAUGUAGAGGAACAUGUGGAGGAACAUGAGGAGGAACAUGUGGAGGAACAUGUGGAGGAACAUAAGGAGGAACAUAUGGAGGAACAUGAGGAGGAUUAUUGGGAGGAACAUGUGGAGGAACAUGAGGAGGAACAUGUGGAGGAACAUGAGGAGGAACAUGAGGAGGAACAUGUGGAGGAACAUGUGGAGGAACAUGUGGAGGAACAUGAGGAGGAACAUGUGGAGGAACAUGAGGAGGAACAUGUGGAGGAUCAUGAGGAGGAACAUAAGGAGGAACAUGAGGAGGAACAUGUGGAGGAACAUGUGGAGGAACAUGAGGAGGAACAUGUGGAGGAUCAUGAGGAGGAACAUAAGGAGGAACAUGAGGAGGAACAUGAGGAGGAACAUGUGGAGGAACAUGAGGAGGAACAUGUGGAGGAACAUGUAGAGGAACAUAAGGAGGAACAUGUAGAGGAACAUGUGGAGGAACAUGAGGAGGAACAUGUGGAGGAACAUGAGGAGGAACAAAUGGAGGAUUGUGAGGAGGAACAUGUGGAGGAACAUGAGGAGGAACAUGUGGAGGAACAUGAGGACGAACAUGAGGAGGAACAUGUGGAGGAACAUGAGGAGGAUCAUGAAGAGGAAGGUGUGGAGGAACAUGAGGAGGAACAUAUGGAGGAACAUGAGGAGGAUUAUUGGGAGGAACAUGUGGAGGAACAUGUGGAGGAUUAUUGGGAGGAACAUGUGGAGGAACAUGAGGAGGAACACGUGGAGGAACAUGUGGAGGAACACAUGGAGGAUCAUAUGGAGGAACAAAUGGAGGAUUAUUGGGAGGAACAUAAGGAGGAACAAGAGGAGGAACAAAUGGGGGAUUAUUGGGAGGAACAUAAGGAGGAACAUGUGGAGGAACAUGAGGAGGAACAUGUGGAGGAACAUAUGGAGGAACAUGAGGAGGAUUAUUGGGAGGAACAUAAGGAGGAACAUGAGGAGGAACAUAAGGAGGAACAUGAGGAGGAACAAAUGGAGGAUUAUUGGGAGGAACAUAAGGAGGAACAUGAGGAGGAACAAAUGGAGGAUUAUUGGGAGGAACAUAAGGAGGAACAUGAGGAGGAACAUGAGGAGGAACAAAUGGAGGAUUAUUGGGAGGAACAUAAGGAGGAACAUAAGGAGGAACAUGAGGAGGAACAUGUGGAGGAUUGUCUCCCUUUACUGCAGCAGCAUGUGUGUGUUGGAGCAGCCAGAAUCCUUGGCUAA